AUGUCUUCUGAGGGCGGCGACGGCGCCAGGCCGGCCAUGCUGGCUCCGGGCACGGCGCGGAUGGCGUCGGGCCGCCCGGAGGAGCUGUGGGAAGCCGUGGUGGGGGCCGCUGAGCGCUUCCGGGCCCACACGGGCAUGGAGCUGGUGCUGCUGACGGCCGCGCCGCCCCCGCCCCCCCUCCCGGGGCCCUGCGCCUACGCCGCCCACGGCCGCGGGGCCCUGGCCGAGGCUGCCCGCCGCUGCCUCCAGGACAUCGCCCUGGCCCACAGGGCCGCCGCCGCCCGGCCCCCCGGCCCCCCGCCUGCACCUCAGCCACCCGGCCUGGCAGGGAGCCCGGCCCAGCUUGCCCUGCCCAGGGAGGAGGACAAGGAGGACGAGGAUGAGCUGACAGAGACGGAGACCUCUGGGGAGCGGCUGGGCGUCAGCGAUAACGGAGGGCUGUUUGUGAUGGACGAGGACGCCACGCUGCAGGACCUGCCCCCCUUCUGCGAGUCGGACCCGGAGAGCACAGACGACGGCAGCCUGAGCGAGGAGACCCCCACUAGCCUCUCCGCCUACGCGGUGCCCCCGGCCUCAGCCCUGCCCACCCAGCAGUACGCCCGGUCCCUGCCUGUGUCCGUGCCCAUCUGGACCUUCAAGGAAAAGAGGACAGAAGCUCGGUCAUCGGAUGAAGAGAACGGGCCGCCCUCCUCGCCGGACCUGGACCGCAUCGCGGCCAGCAUGCGCGCGCUGGUGAUGCGGGAGGCCGAGGACACCCAGGUCUUCGGGGACCUGCCACGACCGCGACUAAACACCAGCGACUUCCAGAAGCUGAUCCGGAAAUACUGA